AUGGGGAUGGAUAUCCACGACGUGGUGCGACAUCAGGACUCGAGCCACUUUGCACAGGGAGGGAUCCGCGGAGCACCGUACGAAGUCCCGCGCAGCGAACCAGGACCGACGGCACCACGCACGAGCUUCUACGGCGACGAAGGGCAGAUGCACUCGCAAGAUGUCUUCGGUUCGCAGGGUUUGCCUGGCCAGCAGCGUCAACUCUCCGACCAUCACAUGUUCGCUAACGAGUUGCAGCAACAGACAGACCAGUCGCGGAGUCAGGACGGAGUUCGUAGCGAGAAUUGU